AUGUUAUUUGGCUCCACAUCUUGGCUAAGUACAGAUUCGUUGUGGAUGGAGUUGCCACUGCUUACCGAUAAGUUACCAGAAGGAUGGAAUUUACCAUCAUACCUAACUGUUAUCAUUCAGUUGUUCAUCAUUAAAAUAUCAUUUUUAUAUCUUAUUAUUUUUCAUCUGGCGUGUGGUACUUCAUUGGUCUUCGGUAUAAUUUAUAAAUACUCGAAAUUUUCUCCCUCUGCAACAGUUGUAAUAUUUUCUUUACUGAUAUUUUGCUCUAUUUGUACGUUAUUGAUGGCUUUAUUUUGGUCGAAAACUUUAUUUCUUUUUGGACAGCAACGAUCAGUCGCAUUAAUGGUUUUGCUUUUUGGAAUGGCACUAGUUAAUGGGACUUCAAAUGUUCUUUUCAUGCCUUAUAUGGCGGCAUUUCAUCCGUCUUAUUUGACGGCAUAUUUUGUCGGUAUGGGCUUAAGUGCUUUAUUUCCAAGUUUGGUCUCCAUUCUACAAGUUGUAAAUGGGACUGCUAUACGAACGAAGAGUGAUUUAAACUUCGGUAUUAUGGAAUAUAACUGUAUCAUGCUUGGAUGGCUACUCCUCGCAACCCUUGCAUUUAUACUACUUGACCGUUCAAAAGAUGGUUCUGAUUAUCUUUCUUCUGAGAAGCCAUAUGUAGCAGUACAGGAAUCGAGUUCACCUAGAGUUAGAGAAGCAAGCGCUCUAAAUCAUUUCGUUGAAGCGGUUAAUGACGAAAGCAGAACAUUUGUCCGCAACUUUCGUUUUGGUUUAUCAUUAUUUUUACUGGCAAUUGUAAGUGCUCAAAUGAAUGGAAUAAUCCCAAGUGUGCAGAGUUAUGCAUCGUUACCUUACUCUCAGAAGACAUAUCAUUUUGGUUUGACUAUAGAAAACAUUAUAUCUCCUAUCAUUUGCUUCCUGCCGUUGGUUGUGACAAUUUCAAGCAUGUCUGUAUUGGUGUCGUUAACACUAGUUUCAUCGGUACUAACCGGAUUUGUAAUCAUUCUUGCUUCAAUGAGUCCUACGCCCAUAUUGCUGUCUUCUGUAUGGGGACCGAUUAUUGCAGUAAGCAUCGCAGUUUGCGCAUUCGCAUUAAAUUCUUUUCUCCGAACUGUUUUGGCUACAGUUUUAGGUGAAGGAAAUAAUGAAACACGACUCUUCUGGGGUGGAUUAUGUAUGCAAGUUGGAUCAUUAUUAGGUUCAGUUGCGAUGUUUCUGUUGAUCAACAUUUUCGAAUUGUUUGUCUCAGCGUCGUCUUGUUCAUGA